UCUGUCAUGUCCCUGUAGCGUUCAGUGUGGCACGGCUUGGCGGCGAGGAAUGUAACAAUCAUGCGAAACAUGUGUCGGGGUAUAAGUAUACCACAACGAUUUUUAUUUAUUCACUAGAAAAAUACAUCCACUAUGGCAAAAUAGUAUCCCUGUUAACUCAGAACAGCCGCAAAGUCACUGUCGAGACCGCGAGGUUUUUAAUCGGGGGAGGGCAACUAUUAGCUUGUGAAGCUAACGUUACAUAUACUCAUUUUUGCUCGCAACUCACCUCUACCACAACACGGCGCAUUGGACUAGUGAUCAAUAAGUUACAAAUUCCUUGUCGUCAGCCCUCCUACCAACCCAAAGUGGUGCCCUGCGUACGGGUCCUGUGAAUAUGAGACAGAAUGAGUCAGAGAGAUACCCUGGUUCAUCUGUUUGCUGGAGGGUGUGGGGGAACGGUAGGAGCCAUCCUGACCUGUCCCCUGGAGGUGGUGAAGACCAGACUACAGUCAUCCCACAUCACACUCUACGUGUCUGAGGUGCAGCUCAGUACUGUCAAUGUGCCCAGCGUAGCACGCAUGUCCCCUCCAGGACCUUUGCACUGCCUCAAGUUGAUUCUUGAGAAAGAAGGAGCCCGCUCUCUGUUCAGGGGCCUGGGGCCUAAUCUAGUGGGUGUGGCCCCCUCCAGAGCCAUCUAUUUUGCUGCGUACUCCAGUGCCAAAGAGAGACUGAAUGGAGUGUUUCAGCCAGACUCCACACAGGUCCACAUGGUGUCUGCUGGCUUGGCAGGGUUCACAGCCAUCACAGCUACCAACCCUAUCUGGCUCAUCAAGACUCGCAUGCAGCUGGACUCCAGGAACCGCGGGGAGAAGCCCAUGAAUGCGUUUGAGUGUUUGCGGCGGGUGUACCAGACAGAAGGCCUGCGAGGGCUCUACCGGGGAAUGUCAGCGUCCUACGCUGGAAUCUCAGAGACUGUGAUCCACUUUGUCAUCUAUGAGAGCAUCAAGCGGCGCAUCCUGGAGGCCAAGGCCACGCAGCACAUGGACGAGGAGGGGGAGUCGUCCAAGGAUGCCUCAGACUUUGUGGGGAUGAUGCUCGCCGCUGCCACCUCCAAGACCUGUGCCACAUCCAUUGCUUACCCCCACGAAGUGAUCCGGACCCGGCUACGGGAGGAAGGCACCAAGUACCGUUCCUUCUUCCAGACUCUGACCACGGUGCCCAAGGAAGAGGGCUACCGGGCGCUGUACCGCGGCCUCACCACCCACCUGGUGCGCCAGAUCCCUAACACCGCCAUCAUGAUGUGUACCUACGAACUAGUGGUCUACAUGCUAAACGGUUAACCUUUGUCCCUUGACCUACGACCCCAGAUUAAACCCUAGAGAGAUGGGUCUACGCCCCACGUUGGACCAAAGAGACCCCCAAGAAACAGGAGAGGGACCAGGUACUCAUCUCUCACACCUCCAGUCCCUCCAUCCUGUCUAAAACGAAAGCAAAUUGUCCCAAAAGCACCCUGUUUUGGGAUGGGGGUUGGGUUGUUUUCAGGGGUGCACGACACAGGAGGAGGGGUUGGUAAGAAGGAAUCACCAUGUUUGUUUUGGGGAUAUGGUUUAAAGGUGUUUAAAAAUAAUUCUUAGGAGCCCUUUCUCUCUCCUUUUCUUGCCCUCACUUAUUGUCUCCUAAAUAAGCUUCUUUACAAGAGCAUAGCUUACUGGAGCAGGUACAGUGGGGAGAACACUCAAGCUAUUUUAGUUUAACAAUGCUAAUAAUUUCUCUGGUUUGUGUGUCAAGGGGGCAGUAGAGUAGAGGUAGUAGAGGCUUGAGUGCAGGGAGGUCUUAAGAAUUGGGUUGAAGGUUUGAGCGAGGUGGAUAGGGGACGUGCCUUGCCUUGCGUGACAACUUCAACUGACCAGUAUAGAUGCACAAUAGUGAAGAGGAGCAAAGGUCAGACCAGCCCUUGUUUCUGGAUCUCAUUAAACCACAGUUGGACCGAAGGCAUUCAGAACCACACACAGUGCUGGUCGGGUCUCCUUUGCACUCAGGACCAAGCCUGGUCCCCUCCACCCCAGGUCAGCAAGCUCACAGGUCAUCCCAACAGCCAGGUCAUCCCAACAGCCAGGUCAUCCCAACAGCCAGGUCUAACCUAACCUCUGUGGCUGGCUGGCCUGACUGGCUGACCAGCCGGCCCUGACUAACACUAAGGCUUGAAACUCUGACUCAUACAGCAGUCUUCAGUGUUCUCUUUGUGUGGAUGUUCUGUAAAGUGGUGGAUGGUAAGAACCUUUUGACCCACUCCCUCAUACCACCCAGACUGACCAGAAUCAUCUGCCAUUUUAAACUACUUCAAUGUUAAUCAACACAAGGAAUAACAAACAAAAGACUAUGGGAGCAUUGUCUCACAUCAGAUGGCAACUGUGUCAAUAUUUUAAGAGAGAAAAUGCAUAAAAAGUUUAAACUUAACAAGACAAUUAUAUGAAAUCGUAUAAGUCUUCAUAAGAUGUAACAUUGUUGCAUUUUUCUACCCAGUCAUGAGUUUAAACUGGUUUUUUGGAGAUUGGAGGGUGAACCAAGGUUUCCCCUCCUCCCCCUUUGACAUACAGUAUUGUGUGAUUCUUUCCGCACUUUUCUAUAGACCUGCUCCGACCUCCAGUUGCAUCUCUUCUUUCCCUGCCUCAGAAUCCAAGUGUUACCGAUGAGACAAUCCUCUGUCCGGUGUUCACUUUGGGAGUAGAUGGAAUCCUCUUGUGUACGUGUGUGAGAUGCUACACGAUAAGGAGACCCUGUUGUCUAUCCCCAUACUUUAUGCAGUGGGUUUUUACAAGUUGACUACAUUUGGAAAAAAUACAUUUUUGUUGAUGCCUUAAACAGAAAGAUGCUUUUGCUGUCUACUUCUUUCCACUCCCUUUAUUUAGCUGUUUUUCCUGUUAUUUUCUGAUUGUCAUUUUGAAACUGUGAGAACUCAAUGUUCAUCUCCUUGUUUACAUUCAGUCUUGUGUAACCAUAGAGACGACCUUACCUACUGACCUUUCCCCACUCACAUGAUAUGAGCACGAAGAGCCUUCCCAGCACACGUAAGCAUCACUGCAGCCAUUCAGUCAAAUAUCCACAGGUCACACUAAUGCUAGAAAUAAGAAUGAGAUUCAUAACAUGCUUGCUGUUCCUUAAGAGAGGGGGGUGCACAACCACAUUUUUAAAUUGCACCUGUAUUCCUGUCUGUCUCACUUGCCAUAAUUCACGAUUUUAGAAACAUUCUAUUCUUAUCGACUUUAAAAUGUCAAUACAUUUACCAUUCAUUUAGAUUAUUUUGUGCCCAAUAUGAAACACAACCAAAACAAACAGCAAAUGCAUCAAACACAUUUGUAGUCAAUCUUGACGUAAUCAUUGUGUGCUAUGAAUAUGGGGCCAAAUACUGAACUUUUUACUACACGUAAGUGCAUUUGUCCCAAUACUUUUGGUCCCCUAAAAUUGGGAGACUGACACAUUUGUUGUUUUGGCACUGUCCCAGGACUUGGAGCUCCCUGUAUAAUUAAUUUUUUUAAUUGAUCCAUGAGGGCACCAGUUGCCCAUCCCUGACCAACAUGUGCAUGUUUCUACUCUGGGUCUGUGUGUGCUUAUAACCAGAGACAUUUGGUACACUGUUCUUUCACAUGGGUCUGUUCUCAUCUUGUCCCUGAAUGUCUGAAUUGUGUUCGAGCGUGUUUCUGUUCCAUAUGAUUCUUGUCAUGCCCUUUUGUUUUGUAGGUGUGUGUGUCAGAAGUAUGCUUUGUCAUUAAUGGACUGUGUUGUUCCUUUUCCAUUUGUUUGCUCUAAUUUGUGUUUUGUAUUUGCUCAUGAGGUCUUUGACGAGCCUCCUAGAUGUGUGGCUGACUCUAUGCAUUCUUCUCACACCCCUGGUUUGUAAAACAAACUUCCAUAAAUGGGAAAGGGUG